AUGGCAAUGCCCAGCAUGGGGAGCGACUUCCAGCUCUUCUCCCCUAACACCAACAAGAGAAACUCAAGAGACUCACAGGCCGAGUCAAUGUCUUUUGCCCCAUCCUUCACCACGGACGAAGCCACUCAAGAUUGGACACAAUGGAUGAGAUGGGAUGAUCAAGGCUUCGCAGAGGGAGUCAAAGAGCUCUCCCAAUCACCGUUCGACCUGGCCUUCACCUCACCAAACACAUCAACCGGUAAUCCAAGCACCGCCUUCUUCAACAAAUCCGAAUUCUCCCCCGACAUCUCUCUCGACUGCACGAACCUCCCGUUUGACUCCUUCUUCGAUCGAGGGUACAACAGUAUGACCAACUCCAAGGGCGACUCGAGUGGAGCCGAGAUGCCAUCUACGCUGUCAACUGCAGCGGGCUCACCAUUAUCCCCGGACGGAAUCACCCGCAAACGCAAGUCAGGCAGUGACGACGACGGAUCAACCGUGAGCGGCGUCGUGCCACCGGGCAAGAAAAUGCCCGCCAAGAAACGAGCACACAACGUUAUCGAAAAGCGGUACCGAGCCAACCUCAACGAAAAGAUCGCCGAACUGAGAGACAGCGUCCCCAGCCUGCGAGCCUCGAAGAAUGCGGCCGGCAGCAUCAUCGAUGAUGACGAAGGCGAAGGUGUCACCCCUGCCAGCAAAUUGAACAAGGCUUCCAUCCUAUCGAAGGCAACAGAGUAUAUUCGCCACUUGGAAAUCCGCAACAAACGACUUGAAGAGGAAAACACCGCCCUCAAGAACCGACUUCGUCUAGCAGAUAAGGCUGCGGAACAAAUGAUCACAUCCACCGCUUCUGUCUCAUCGCCCAGCAACUAUACCGAGUCUGGGGCAAGUUCAUCCCCGAGUGUGUUCUCACAGGUUGAAGAUUCGCCGAGUGAUCACUCUCCUACAACGCUGCAUCCUCCCGAGGGGUUGAUGAAGGUACCAGAUGCCUUCCAGCGCCUCCGAGACGAAGCAGCUGCCAAAAACAGCGCCUUUUCCCAGUCGUAUAUGCAAUAUCCCAGCAGCGCCGGCAACAGCAACGGCAAUAGGUCCACCCAGGGUGGCGGAGGUCGCAGCCGCUCCUACUACCCCAACAAAUACAUGCUUGGCGCUCUUGCUGGUCUGAUGGUUCUUGAGGGUCUGGGUAGCGACAAAGAGAGCGAUUCAACCGCCAAGGGACUGCUGGCGCUUCCCGUCAAUUUGUUGAACAGCCUGCAAAAUCCGACCAUCAAGUACUGGAUGGCAGUGGCUCGCAGCUUUUGGUACUCGUGGCACGCAAGGGCCAUCUCGCACUUCCUUAUCCUCGCAACUCUGGUCGUUGGUAGUGCCUUUGUGGUUUUUGUAUACCUCUUCAAUGCCGGGCCCAAAAGUCAACCAGGCUCAUCCAAGACUGCAUUCAUGUCCGAUGCAACGCUAUCGUCAUCAAACUUCCGCCGUCAAGCGUGGUUAACGAGCAUACAGCAAGUCGGUGUGCCGCGUCAUCGGUUCUUCCAUGAGUGGUACGUGGUCACCUCGCGCUGCUUCGAGUAUGUGCUGCGCUGUCUUCUGGGCUGGAAACUCUACUCUUCCAUCACCGGCGUUACCGUCGAGGACGACAAGGGCCGCGUGAAGUCAUGGGAUAUCGCCAUCGAUGCGCAACUGGCUGGUGGAGAUCCCGAAAUCAGCAAGAGCAGGUUAGUACUCACCAUCUUCGCUGCAGGAACCCUGCCUCGCAGUCCAAUGCGAAUGAUGCUCAAGGCGCUACAUUGCCGCAUCCUUCUGUGGCGAGUCGGUGUUCCCGGAUCAUGGACUUUCCACAUCUCCAAUGAUGUCGCACGAUCAUUGGCCGGCUAUCAGUGGGAUCUUGCCCGCAAGAUGCACGCAGCCAUGCCAAAAGACCAUCCAGAGGCCCUGCCGAGUCAUUUGGCUGCCCUACUGCAGCUCGACUGUGAUGAGGUCAUGAUCGACACUGUUGUCCAACGUGCGGCGAAUCUUACAUGGAACCGCCCUACGCAAGAGGGAGCCGAGGAUGACGAGGCCCUUCUGGACGUUGUGGAGGAAGAUCCUGCGAUUCGGUCCUCCCUCGACGCUCUUGCCGCCUGGUGGUCAAGCCACCUCUUGCAGCGAGCACUGCUCAGAUACUUUGAGGCUAGCUCUGGUGGGCCCGAUGCGAAGAAGAGCCGUGACUUGUUCAAAGCCAAGAUCAAGAUCGCUCUGGACGUUGCUCCCCAGCCAUCUGCCGCUCAUACCCGCGCUCUAGUCAUGAAAGCGGUGUUCUUCGACCAUGACCGUGCUACCAACAUCGGAGCCGUCCUGGCAGCGCUGCCCAAGGACAAAGGAAAGAGCCAGCAGAGUCAAGCCUCCAACUUCCUAGAUUCGUCACUUCCGGUCUCCGUGCGGGAUGAGAUCGCCAUAUCCGUCCGCUGUGCCAUGAUUGCGGCAAUCUUCACGGCACGAACCACGGGUGACACCUCUCUCCCCGCAUCCUUCACCAUCCAGAAAGCGAUCACAUGGUUCAAUCAGCUUCCACUCGAUCCUGUCGAUUUGACCCUGAUUGGCUUUGCCUCGGUUUACCAUCUAUUGCAUGUUCUUGCUUCGGACACGGAUUACUUGUCUUCUUCUGAAUCAUCCCCCUCCUCCCCCGCAUCCAGAAGCUCGACCCCAUCUUCGCUCUGCUCCGAUGACGAAGCUGACAGUAAACCCCGCUUUUCCCCGAAGCAGGCGGUUUCGCCUCAGUCCAUUCCCAACCUGGGCCGAGUCGCUUCUGAACUGAUGUACUGGGCACGGAAUGCCUACAAUCCCGCAUUCUACGGCUUCACUCCUCAGAUUGUGAAGGUGAUUGAAAAUGAAUGCACAUCCUUAUGCCAUAGCGCCGGUGUCGACGUGGCGGACUAUUCAUCCGUUCGGGAAGAGAAGAGCAGAGCCAAGCAGGUCAAGGAGAAGAAAAAGAAAAGGCGCUCCAGACGGGCUUGA